AUGUGGAAGAGCAACAAAGUGUCGCCCGAUAGUCAAGUAUUAGAGAAUAUAGCGUAUGAAGUCCAGCAGCUCUCCAGACCGGUAGAUUUUAAUACGUUACACCACGGUAACAAAGUCCUGGCCCUGAGAAGAUUAAAGUUUCUUCUAGAGCAUUCUACUAGAGACAGAGUGCAAAAGUGCGAUAUGCAAGAGUUAAUAUAUUCUUCAUUAAGUCUGGUUUACUACUUUGGUACACGGCUUAAACAGGAAAAACUUAAAGGAAAACUGUUAAUAUGCUUCAGCGCAAGGCAAUUUCAUUUGGCUGAAGAAAUCUUUCACAAAGUCAUGGAAGGUCUACACCCGGAACACAGCGAACUCGUAAUCAAAACGACACUGAAAUUCUUCUCAGAGGUCUCAUUGUGGAGCUUUGAAAAUUUCGUGACGCAAAUAUUGGAAGUGCUAUUGUUUUACAACGAAGGCAAGAUCACGUUGUUCAACAUCAUGCUGACAGACAUCCACUGCGUGGUAUUCAGUGAUUUGGUAUCAGCCAGACAUAGAACGAGGGUGCUCUAUGAAUUGCUGAACAGCAAAAAUUGGGUGAUCGACAGUCAGCACCUCUUGCCAUUUGUGACGCGAUUUUUAAAUUUUUUCACAAACAGCGCAUGUCACAAGCGACCCACAUUCCAAUACUUGAAGAAAGGUUUUGAAGUGUGCCUGCGCAGGAUAUUUGAGAGGACCGCUAAUAAACACAAACUUACUUUAAUCACUACUAUAUUACACUGGUUCACUAUGGUUGAUAUUGACAAGGAGAACGUCCUAGAUGUAUCUACACUUUUAGAUUAUGCAGCGUUUUUGUACGAAGUGGGUAGAUAUAGAGAUAGUUUUGAAGGUGGAUUUAUUCAUCAUAUUGUGAAGAAGUUGAUUGGUUCCACUGAUUCGUUGUAUAGUCUGUGCGGUUGUCGAAUCUUAGCCAGGUUUCUUGAUCGACAUAAUAACUCCUCUUAUCUGAUAGUUCCGACAUUAUAUUACGAGUUUUCGCAGGUGCCAUUGAAAGUCGGCGAUUACGACAGAAGCGACAAGGCGUUCCUAAGGGAUCACCGGGAACUAUUCCAUGAUUAUUUUGUUAAAGCCUUCGAGAUGUACCACUCGAGACAGUCAAACGUCGAGGCUCUAUAUUUUGCGAUGUCAUGCUUAGUCCUAGAAGUUCCGUGUGGUUUUACAGCGGCUUCUGUAACAUGCAUGCUGAUGUUUAUCCAGGACUUCGCCAUCACCACCGACAUACCUGAGAAAUCUCGCUUUUGGUUACAUGCUGUUGUGCUAUCCCUUAUGUCCCUGAUAUGUUGGGUUCACAAAGCUCCAGAGUUAUAUAGAUAUGUUAAUGAGAUAGUGUCCAGGCGCGCUAAGGAAGCACCGCAGCUGAAUCCGCCGUUGCUGGAUGAUUAUAAGAUUGAGAAUAAAAGAGUGACUUGGAAUAGGGACACGCUAUUCUUUGAGGAUUGGGAGCUGCGGUACGGGCUUUGGAAGCAUUUUAGGAGUACGCAGUUACUCUUCUGUUUGGCGAUGUUUCUUGCCAUACUUGCUUCAGCUUCAGGAGGACGCUCAAAAAAGGUGAUCAUCCACGUGCCCUAUAAGGUGAAGAAGAUCAGGCACACUCACACAGUAUACAAAACCAUCCACCAUCACCACAAGCACCACGAGUUCCCGAAUUACUUGGAACACCCUUCUGAGGAGCACGAGCAUUUCCAUCACAUGCUAAUCGACGACGCUCACACGCAGCCUAUACCAGCUAUUGGCCUGCCCGACUACUUACCAGAUGUCCCGAUAAACGAUGAAGAUGAAAUGGAUGGUGUACCAAUCAUACCGACGCGGCAUAUGUUCUUCAAACGGGAGUGA